GAUUAAAAUGCAGAUAUUUUGGUAUUACCAAUAUGAUGUUCUAUUGGCUUCCUGGAAAAACAUGAUGAAAGACCUGGAAAUGAAUUGCAAUGUAGGUCCUGACUUUUGAGCCUGUGUUAAUCACUGGGCAACAAAGCUUGAAUCAAAACCAGUGAAUCUAGGCCCUACUGUUUGUAUAAGUUUUCUGUCAAUAUUAGUCUGGUCAUGAUUGGACAUUUAUUGUUUCUUUCAAAUGUGUUAGUUGUGGUUUUCUUUCAAGUAUUAUUUACUAAGGGUGCGUUUAUCCGCCACUUUUUUACCCUAGAAUCAUGAUUUGAAUCAUGAUUCAAAUCAUGAUUCUGCAGAAUCACGAUUGCGUUUAGUCGAAAUUGAAUAUAAUCAUGAUUAGAAUCACAAACAUGAAACACGAAAAAAGGGGCGUUUGGAAAGACGUUUCUGCAGAAUCACGUACGAAAAUGUUCGAAUAAACGAUAUCGUGAUUACAAUCAUGAUUAUAUGACCUCACUGUUGUGUCGGGCUACUUUCGGUUUGACUCUUGCCAAGCUCAAGACGCUCUAUAUGCUCAUUGUAUAUUCAUUUCUUGUCAUGUUCAAGUUCUGUGUUGGUCAUCGCAUCGUCCACUACUUUUCAUUUUUUGGUCAUGUCUUCAACUUCAAGUUCUAGUAAAUGAAUUAACUGGACAGACAAUGAUCUCAGUUGUUGUUGAGUAUACAGUAUCAAUAUCAAAUUGGAUCUACGCUGAAAUUCACUUCCGAACACCAUUUUGGAUAAACUAACAAGAUGAAUAGAAGCAUAUGGACCCUUUAUGAUAGAAGUAAACAAAAUGAGGUAUAGACUGAAUUCUGAUGGAAGCAAAAGAAUUUUCGAGAGCCGAAACACUUGCGAAAAACUUCCUCUGUCAAACUGCGCACUUGUGAUGCGCACUGGAUUGGCCCGAAUCUGAGGAGAAACAGCAUUGGAAUGAAGGUCGUCUAAACGCUGAUUCUGUGAUAUUGUGAUUCAUGUUUGUGUUUUGAAUCAUGAUUCAAAUCAUGAUUCAAAUCAUGAUUCUGGCUUGAGGUCGCAUAAACGCAGCCUAACUAAUAUUUGCCAAACAAAGAGACAGUAUACCCUGAAUUUUAUGCUGUGAUGCUUAGUCUGGAAUUAUUUGUAUGUUCUUUUAGGAUUAGUCAAUCAUAUUGUUGUUUCUUUUCACUAGAUGUCUUCACUUUUCCCAGUGUUUGUCGAAACCCUUCCUACUAAUGUGUGGAGUCUAUUGACAUCAAACAGAACCAAGUUUUAUUGAGGCUCAUAAUAAUUUUUAGUAGCAUAAUUGAUUUUAAAGUUCAGAUUUGUUAAACAUACAGUCUCAGCUUGCACACCUUGAAUGAAGAUACAUAUAUCAUCUUGUGUUCUGCCUUCUGCGGCAUGAUUUGGAGGGGAUUCCCAGGGAAUUUCACCAUGAUAUGAUGGUCAAUUUUGACUGACAUUUACAUUGCCAUGAACCCUUCACCCCGACUGUAGGGUCAGAUCACUAAAUAAAUGAAACUGCAUUGGUAUUGUGUAGAUGUAUUGGUCUUUUAAUUUGAUUCCUAACAGAGAUACUGUCAUUUUUGCCAAUGAUGAAAGUAUCUGCCCAUUUUGUUUCUCAAUUGUUUUGUAAAUUUUAUCUUGAACCUUAAAAAAAAUUUAUUGGUUAGGUUGCUACAUAAGCACUUGCCCGAUUGCCCGGGGCAAGUAAAAGUUAGAGUCGGGCAAGUGUUUUGAAGUAAAGACCAAAACUACUUGCCCGAAUUGGACAAGCAAAAUUCUCACAGUAGAAUGACCAAAAUUAGGGUCGAUGAUAUGAUAUUGACCCUAAUUUUAGUCAUGGCGGGCAAGAUAAAAUCACUUUGGAAAAAGAAAUGCAAUAACAAGGUAGAUCAGUUCAUGUCAAAAGAGAGAAAAAGGUCAAUGGUUUAUAAAACCGCAAAACUUUCUUUUGAAGAGAUAAAACUUUUUUUUUCAAGGAUUUUUUCGGGCAAGUGAAAUAGAUUUUUGGGCAAGUAUUUUCCAACUUUCUAAAAAUUUACUUGCCCGACUGGGCAACUGCUUCUAAAAAGUUAUGUAGCACCCUGUCAGGUACACCUGUUUAUCAGGUUCUACCAAAACUGGAAUUUAAGAAAAUUUAUACUUGUGGAGUUGGAGGAAAAGAGUUCAUUUUUAUGGGUUAUUUAAUAUUUUGUUAUUGGUUAAAAAAAAUACUCUGAUGGAAAUAGUGAAAUUCAGGCAUUUGGAAAAGGCACUUCACAUUUUGUCAAUUAGGAUCUAGGGCAUAACAUGAAAAAACCACAUCCUUGGUUAUUGAAAAAGUAAGGUUUGGAUGACUUGCUUCCUUAAGACUUUUGCAGUUAUUUCUUUGAGAACAUGUUUUCUCCUGUCAGGGAACAGUUGUCUGAUUUUUAUAUUCUUAUAUUUGUGAGUAUUGCCUUUUUUCUCCUGGGACCUAUAAUAUUUGGUUGAUGAUAAUUGCUAUAUUUGUUGGCAUCAUCUCUGGAUGACUUCUCCACCUUUUAAAUGCUUUAGGAAUGUGCUGCCUCCGCAUCAAUGACACACCUUGAAAUCAUCAAGUAUUCAACUAUCGCAUCCAUGCUUGUCCUCUAAAUUACCAAAGAGUCUCUGAACGGAUAGUACUAUUGUAUUAGACCCUCAAGCCUUGUGUACAUGUAAGCACUUGAUGUCCAAAGAAUAACCUAACAGAUCUACCUCCAGACAUUAAACCUGACCGUGCUUGAUAGACAGAUCAACCUUGCAUACUCUGCAACGAUGAGGAACACUGUUGAUAUUCUUUUACUCGCUGUCAUCGCUUUCUUAACAACAUUGUUGACCUCCUGCGAUGCAUUUAUAUCAGAGGAUCCUGGUCAGACACACUGUGAUGAAUUGAACAUUACUGAGAUCACGUCUUACAAGAUCGCAUCCAUUGAAUUUGAAGAGGUUUCAACCCCGUUCAUUGCUGUCUUGUGGAUAACCGUUGGAGCUCUGGCAAAAGUGUUCUUCCAUUUCUCACCUCUGCCCAAGUAUGUCCCCGAGAGUUGCCUCCUCAUCGCCAUCGGCUUCAUCAUCGGAGCCCUGUUCCUGGUCAACACGGCCUCCCCGUUCAACCCAGAGCUCCAGGCCCAUAUCUUCUUCCUGUACCUCCUGCCGCCCAUCAUGAUGGAGGCCGGUUACUUCAUGCCCCAGACUGCCUUCUGGAGUAACAUCGGUAGUAUCCUCAUGUUCGCCGUCAUCGGAACCCUCAUCAAUGCCUUCACCAUCGGACUCUCCCUCUGGGGCAUCUCUGUCGGGGGACUCCUACAUGGCAAUACGACCAUCAAUUUCUUGGAGUGUAUGACCUUCAGCAGCCUGAUCUCUGCUGUGGAUCCGGUCGCCGUCCUGGCCGUGUUCGAAGAGAUCCAUGUCAAUCAGGUUCUACAUAUUCUAGUGUUUGGAGAAUCACUUCUGAAUGAUGCUGUCACCGUGGUGCUCUAUCGCGUCUUUGAAUCUUUCAAUGAGAUCGGAGGAGAACAUCUUGUGGCCCAGGAUUACAUCUUCGGCAUCAUCUCCUUCUUCGUGGUUGCGUUUGGUGGUAUCCUGAUCGGUGUCAUCAUGGGGUUCCUCACGGCGUUCAUCACCAAGUAUACCUACAAGGUCAGAGUCAUCGAGCCCAUCUUCGUCUUCGUCAUGGCCUACCUUUCCUACAUCAUUGCUGAGAUGCUAACCUUGUCCAGUAUCCUUGCGAUUGUCUCGUGUUCGAUGUUCAUGAAACCGUACGUGGAGCAAAACAUCUCUGCCAAGUCGCACACCACCAUCAAAUACUUCCUGAAGAUGUUGAGUAGCGUCAGCGAGACCAUCAUCUUCAUCUUCUUGGGGACUACAUCACUUAAUAAGGAGGCACACCAGUGGGACACUGCCUUUGUUCUCUUCACUCUUCUGUUCUGCUCUGUGUAUAGGGCAGUAGGUGUGGUCAUACAGGUUACGGUCUUGAAUCGCUUCCGACUUUUCAAAAUCAACAGACGUUCACAGUUCAUUAUGAUGUAUGGAGGCAUCCGUGGUGCCAUUGCUUUCUCGUUGGUGGCGCUCUUGUGCUCAAAAGUCAUUGGAGCGAAGCCUAUUUUCUUCACUACAACGGUAGUUAUCAUCAUGUUCACUGUCUUCAUACAGGGUAUUACGAUCAAACCACUUGUAAACUUUCUUCAUAUCCAAAAAGCAGAGAAGCGCAAACCAACUAUGAAUGAAGAAAUUUACGAGAGGUUUAAUAGUCAUCUAAUGGCAGGCGUUGAGGAUAUAGUUGGUCACCAUGGUCAUCAUUCACUCAAAGAAAGGUGGGAAGAUGUCAACCGUAAAUUCUUUGAGAAAAUACUGGUGAGAGAGCAAAAAGAGAGCAGCAACUACCAAAUCCUUGACGUCUACAAGCGACUGAAAGAGAAGGAGGCUCGGGAGUUGAUUGAAGAAAAUAAAUUUCAUCUAUCGCCUUCAACUGCGGAACUCCUACCUAGAAAUCAAAGUGAAAGUUCUCUUCUUACGCCAAAUGUAUCGGAUCCAACAAUUGGACAGCCUCUAGGACUAGAAAGUGCAGAAAACGAAGCACAGGAAGGAAUACCAAGACGUAGGAAAUCAUCCUUUUCAAAUCAACUAGAUGCCUUCAAGAAGAGCGCUUACAGACCCCGUAAAGUUCACACCGUACGUCAGUCCCGUUAUUUCUUGCCCGAUGAGGAGGAGGUAACGGACAAAGCACACCAACCUCUUGCAGAACGUAGCCUUCAAAUCCUGCAUCGACACAAGACAAAGAAGAUACGAAUGAACAAAACUCUAAAGGGCAACGGUCGCAAGCGCUCCGGGUCCCACCUUCGCAACAUGUUCAAGAGCCGCAGUGGGAACAACCUAGAUAAGCAACCUAAAGAUUUAUCCAGGAAAAGCUUAACAGGGCCUCCUCCCUCCAUAGUCAUCACCCCUCAUACGCCAAGUGCGGACAGCGAUCAGGGAAUUACCUUCAGCACCAAAUCGGCAACGACUCCGAACGGCAAAGAAGAUGCUAUUGAAACUGGAACCGAUGCUUUUGCUGCUGCUGCUGAACCAGUCCAAUAUGAGGUCGUGAUGCCGUCGACCAGUGAUAGCGAUAGGAAGAGUUCACCAGAAGAUGUCCAAUUCUCCGUCGAGGAUGAAAAAUCAAAAGAUAAAGAGACUGCUUUUUAGCCUCGCAUCUCAUUCAAUCACCAGGGAAGCUUUUCAUGAUGAGCUUUGUCAAUGACUCUCACUUAUUAUCCAUUAUAAGCUACUGAAAUCCUUGCAUCUGAUUGGCUGAGAGCUGAUUUGUCACUGACAACCACCGAUAAGAUGCGUUGUGAAACUUUGUGAAUUGUAGUCUCUUCUCGUUUGCCUUCCAUCGUCAACAUUUGAAAUAGUAAUGAUCAAACUAUUGUCUUUCAAACUUUUGUUAAGUCAUCAUCUUAAAAUGGAGAGGUUAGAUUGAGAUGGAGAUUGUAUAUCAAUUUGUCAAAGAUGGUCGAACUUAACAUUUGUAAUGUACAUUUGUGUAAAGUUGUUCAACUGAAUGUGACUAACCUUAUGGGUUGAAGUGAUAUGCAAAUGUAUUUGUAAUAACCAUCAUCUUGCAUUGUUCGCCAUUUUGAUUUAUGUACCACCUGUGAUUGUUGGAACUGUGAGUAAAUAGUCUUUCUAGUAUUACUAGUUAUAUCUCAGUUGUAGAAUUAUAUACAUAGAUAGUCAAAAUAUAGAAUGGAUUAUACUUUUUAUUUGCAAUAUCUUUAUGAUGGAAUAAACUGAGAAAUGUGAAUGUUUUCCAUUACCAUUUGAAGUGUGUAGAAUAUGUUUGAAAUUGUGAAGAUGGACAUGAAAUGUCAAGAUCAUGUUUGAAUAAUUGGUCAUCCCUGCCCUCUUGCAUUACAUGGGAAUAUUUCUAUUUGGGAGCGGUAAAGUAAACACCAGGGGCCUGUUUCAUAAAGGACUUGCAACUGUUGUAACUUUGCCAUAAUGGCAAAUACCAUGGCAACAUAGUCCAGCAGCCAAUCACAAUCAAAGUGUCCAUGGUAAUUGCAAUAAUGGCAAAGUUACAACAGUUACAAGUCCUUAACGAAAUGGGCCCCAGCUCUUGGAAAGGGUAAACAUCAGAUAUGAAGAAUGUGAAGAAUAUCUUACCUCUGCUCUCAGAAUGACAAGAAAUAUCUGAAAAGUGUGGUUGUAACAUUCAUUCCAGACAAGUGCAGCCCCAUUAUACCUGUUUCUGUGUGCAGUUCAACUGCCUUUUGACCACAAAGAUUGAAAAUUGAGGAUAAUUGCUGAAUCUCUUACUAGACAUGUCUAUGUUAUGAUAAAGUAAUAUAACUUUGUCUUUAAUUGGUUGUUGUCAGUAAAUAUAUACAUUCCAAGAGAAAACGCAGUAGUCACCUAUGUUUGUUAUUGUUUCAUGCAAAAUAUAAAAAGCAGCGAUGAAAUUGCAUUACAGAUUAUAUAUAAGGAAGAUGUGCCAUUUUUUUAUAUGCACAAAGAUAAUUGCACAAAAUCAUGUACAGUUGAGAGGAAUAGAACAAUAUUUAUUGAUGAUUGGUACACAAAAGAAAGUGUUUUGAAAUAUACUCAUAGAUAAUAGGGGUAUAUGGUAAUAUUUAUAAUGAUAAUGAUAAAUCACUAUUGAUGUGAAAAAGCUGAGUUUUUCUCAUGUCCAGAUAUCAACCUUUUCUGUAUGUGAAAAGCUUGGUCUCAGAAGGUACUAGUCCACUUUUUAAGAAAUGUACUUAUUGAUAUUAGGCUGUUGUUCAGGUAUAUACUUGUCUGUGAACAAGAGCUUAAUCUCAGGUUUUUAGAGAUUCUGUUAGAAAUACACACUCCCAUGAAAUCUUAAGAAAUCUUUGGGUUGGUUAAUAUUUUUAUUUUGUCAUAGAUACCUGUGAUAAUAUGGUUAAAAGUGUGUUUUUAUCUAAAUUAACAAAGAUAGAUAGUACCUUUUGGAACUGCGGUAUCCAUUUGCAUUCUCAGAAUUAAUUAUGCACCAACUCAACAAUUUUGUUUCAUAAAAUAUGUUGUGGACUUCUUAAAGAUGGAAAAGGCAACUUAGAACUGUGCAAACAUUUAUAUUUUUGUUGAUUUAUGAUGGAAUAUAUCAUUUGUUAGUUCAUAAUCGUAUUGUAAUAUAGUUGAGGUUUGUAUCAUCUGGAUAAAGUGCUAUAUAAAUUGAGAGCUUUCUUUGGGAAAAUUAUGUGUGUAUUUUUGAUUUGCUAAUGUGAUGGACUUUGUGGAAUUGAUAACAAAGUUAGUUGGGGGUAAUUACAGUUGUUAUUAGGAAAAUGAUAUAUAUGAAUUUGUUCUAUAUCUAUGCAAAAUUCACCGUUUUGAGGAAAUCAUGUAUUGCAAGAAAUUCAGUGCUUUGGAAAUGAUUAUAGUAUAAUGUUGCUAUUGAGAAGAAGAGUAUAUUGCUUUGAUAAUGUUGUAUUAUUUCUUAGGCAAUUUUAUAUAUUUUUAAGUAAGUGCCCAUAAAGUACUUUCAUAAAUAUGAUAAAUUCAUUUGUAGUAGAUGAUUACCGAAUUAUCGCAUGAUAGAUUGAUAGCCAGACAGCGCAACCAUCAAACAAGUAGAAAGGUUAAAAUAACAUGUUUUGGUAGUAUUCAUGUAUUUAAUCUUGUCCGCAUAAUGUCGAAAUGUAUGCUUCUACUCAGCAAGAUAAGAAAGCUAGAAUCCCCCUAAGCAGACAAAUACAGAAUAUUAAUACAUCCUAAAUAUAUGUUCAAAUAAUAUAUUAUAAUAAUUGUUAACAUGAGUAUAUUAAUAUAUUUGUACAGUCAUAAUUACUGUUCAUCUUAAAACUUUUUUUUCAUUCAAGGCAAUGCUCUGCCCCUACUUUAUCCCCUUUCCUAUUUCUUUUAUGAUGUUGAAUAUUCACUCACUUUGUUUGUGUGUACUUUGUUUACUUCCAAGUAGUCAAUUACUACAAAAAAAUAUAUUUAAUGAUCAGUACUUACAAUAGUCAUUCCAUGUCAGUUCAUUUGUUGAUUUAUAUAUUUUUUUUUUUCUGUUCCAUGUUGAUAUUGAUUCUUUUGUGGUUAAUUUUUCUCUAUCAUUGAGCCUUAUCUUUGUCCUUUUUAAAGACUUAUUUAUUCUUCCAAAUGACCAGCCCGUACUGCACAUUGUUUAUAUUGAGGUCAACUUUUGUUUGCAAAUGGUACUCAAAAAGAUGAGAAAAUUUUUUGUUUUAAUGUUAUGAAUAAUUGGCAGCCUAGCAUGCACUAUGCAAUACAUCUCCAUUGAUGAAGAUCAAAACAUUUAUACUACUGUAUGUUGUGGGCAUGGAAACAAAUAUAUGUUUCCCAUUAGAAUAGAAAUGUCAUUUCUCAUUAUUGACAGUGAGGUAUCAUUAAAAGGUAUUUAUCAAAAUUUGAAGGCAUAUUGUAAUCUCCAGCUUUGCUUGGGGGUAGUAUAUCUUACCCUGAUCCCAUAGUUUUAAAAAUAACUUUCUGGAGAUAGUUGUCACAAAAUUGUGCCAGCUUACUCUCUGUCCUAAUGAUAGCCUUCAAUUCAGCCAUAGAAUGUUAUAUUCGGCAUGGGCGUUGUGGCAUGCGCCUAUAAUACAAGCAGUGGGGAAGUUACAAAUUGAUGCAGAAGUUCGAGCCCUGGUCACGUCUUUCGGAAUGUGACGUUAAAGGUCAGUCCCAGACGUAAAUAAUCAUAUCUGAUUGAAUACACGUCUGACAAAACUCAAAUACACACACAUACAUGGAGAAUAAGACAACGAGCUCACCAUGAGGUAAUGUGCAUUACAUAAUUUAUGUUUGUUAUAUAACUUGGCAUAUGGAUGUUUCUUAAAAUCAAAUCCUCCAGCAGUGCUAAUAAUGGUAAUAUUGCUUUAAGAGAUAUGGUGAUGGUGAGGUAUUCUUUUUGAAAGGUAAAACAUUCAUCUGCCGCAGAUUGAGGUACAAAUGAUAUUUCUCACUUGGGACAGUAUUUCUUAUUCUGCCACAACAUUUUCAAAAUGAAGUACGGAAUAAACAUGAUCGUAUCUUCCAUUUACACAGACACUAAUGCAAUACAACGGUGUCUUGCCUGUAAUAUCUCUAGGCCUCGUGAAUGAUCAUGGAUUCCAAGUUGCAUAAGAAAAUAUUAAUCAAAAUCUUGUUGAUAUGUUGCUUGCCUACUUACUACUAAUAACUAGGGCACUGUUCAUUCCACAUGCAAGUGUAAAUAGUGUGAAUUAUUUCACUAUGUGUAGCCUUGGCUGUGCUUUCACAUAACUGUGCUAUAUUAUAUAUUCAAAGACAAUACUAAUCAUAUUUUUAUGUUGUUAUUUGCAUGUUUAUUUCAUUAAAUGAAACAAUUAUAUGUAAAGAAAUUAUGAUUAUUUUAUUAUAAUAGAUAUGGUAAAACUUGUUUUACUUUGUAAUACUUUACUAACCUGAAAUUGUAAGUACAUUGUACGCUUAAAAAAUCAAUCAUAAAAAGAAAAACGAUUAGAUAACAUUUAAAUAAUAGUGAUUGAAAAGGAUAAUUGCAUGCCUUUUGAUACAAUAAAUAAAGGUAGAAAAAAAAACUUUUUUGGAGUUAGAAGCUCUCAUUAGAUAUGGCUCUGUCAAUGUUAAUUGAGUAAUAUUAUGAUUGUUAUGUGCCAGUUAUACACAAUAGCCUUUGUAUCUGAUGAACUUAUUUUUGCUUCUGUUGGGGGAAAAAGAUUAUCUCAACAUAUAUUUCCUAUUAAAAUACAUUUUACACUUAAUAUGCAAAAUUGGUUUAUUAGAUCUUGAUGCCUAACAAAUCUUUAGUUUAGAAAUCUCAUAUUUAGUAGCAUUGUGCUAUCAUUUUUCCAUGGUUGUAAAAAUGAACGGUACUACAAUCAUGAUAAAAUGUAUUUAUUUUGCUUUUUUUUGGCAAAAACAAGUUUUGUUUAAAGAAUAUAUGACAAUAAGAAAAAAAAAUAUGCUGGAUACUUGAGCUUGUUUCCACAUAUAUGUAUAUAUUUAUAUAUUCAAGAUGGAAAUAAAAUGAUAUGAAAAUGAA